GUACUGUAGGUUGUGUUUGCCCACCUGGCCGACAUGUUGGGCGUGCUCAUCACCCUGGACGAGAUCAUAGACAACCAUGCCAGCCUCAAGGACCACUGGACACUCUACAAGAGAAUGGUGAAAUCUGUUCGUCACAAUCCCACCAAAUUUAACACAACUGAUGAGAAACUCCGACCGUUUGAAAAGCUCAUGAUGAUGCUUGAAGGAAGGCUGCUAGAUGGGUUCAUUUUCCAGAACUGUGUGGAGCAGGUGUUUGAUGACCCUAGGGUCAGUGUCUCAAAGAACAGCGCAUUUGCCGAAGAGUUCGCUGUAAACAUCCGAGAUUAUGUCAUGGAGCUUGAGAGCAGGAUGGGUGAGGUCAAUGAGAUCGAUCAGCGGUACAGAUUUGUGGGGGCCUGUGGCCUCUAUGUGCUCCACUUCCAGAUAUUCCGUGUGUUGGACAAGAAGCUGUUCAAAGCCCUCUGGGACAUCUACAAGAAGGUGCCCUGUAUCCAUCUGAUCGGCAACGUGGUGUGGUUUCCAAACAACUUCCUUACAACCAAGAUGCCGAACCUGGCGCAGCUGUUGGACCGCAAGGCCCAGUCGGCCGUCGGACCCUCCCAGACUGCUUGGCUGACCGCCAGGACACAGAUGCUCACCAAACACAGGGACAUCCAGACGUACAGCACGCAGGUGUCGGCGUGGAUGGUCAAGAUGGAGUCUAACCUGUCCCGUGGGGCCACUCUGAUGGAGGACCUGAACAACAGAGCCGUUCUCUUCAUUCAGGGCCUGCUGUACGCCUACAACUUGAGUCAUCUCGUGAGGACCGUCAUGAACCUGCACGUAUCUCUACAGAAACCCAUGACCAAGACUGCAGUGCUCUCCCUUUGCCGACUUGUAGAGCUUCUAAAGGCUAUAGAGCAUACAUUCCAUCGCCGCACGAUGCUGAUUGCCGAGUCCAUGAACCACGUGAUUCAGCACCUCAGCUUCCUGGCUCUCAGUGCCAUUGGGACAGCAAAGAAAAGGAUCACGUCUGACAAGCGUUACAGUGAGCGGCGCCUGGACGUCCUGUCAGCUCUUGUAUUGGCUGAGUCAGCUCUCAACGGACCAGGUACCAAAGAAAGAAGACUGAUUGCGAAACUGGCCCUUGCUGUUGGUACCAAGAUGAAGUCCUUCAAGGAAGACGAGAUGAAUGGUUUGUCUGAGACAAUGAGGAAACUGGAAGUCAUCAGUGAACUGAGAGAGAAGUUACGUGGAGCAUGUGACUGCAGCUUUAUCUACUGGCACCGUGUCAUCUUCCCGCUGUACCUCACAGACGUGUGUGACAACGUCACCGACACACACCGGAUACAUUACAUGUUCGGAGCUAUGCGGGACUGUGUUGUGCCGAUGCAGAAGGUCCGGCAUCUCAACUCUCCUCAAGACCUGUUGGACGCAUUUGACAAGGAGGUGACAAUGCAGGUUCACGAGCAUCUGAUUGACCCGCUGUGUCGUGCCAUCGAGACUGACCUCCGGCUGCAGAUUCACCUUCACCUUCAGCUUGAUGACCGCAACCCAUUCAAGGUCGGGAUGAAGGAUCUGUCCCAUCUCCUCAAGAUUCGACCCAUCCGCUUCUUCGAGAGGGACAUCAACAUCAAAGCAACUGUGGAGCACUAUCUGAACCGAACCUUCUACAACUUGACGACUGUGGCUCUCCACGACUGGAAGACGUACGGCGAGAUGCGCAACAUGGCCGAACAGAAGUACAACCUGUCACUGAUGGAGUCUCACCUCCCCAGUCAGACUCUAGAACAGGGUCUCGAUGUGCUGGAAAUCAUGAGGAACAUCCAUGUGUUUGUGUCCAAGUACCUCUACAACCUCAACAACCAGAUAUUUGUGGAGAGGACAAGCAACAACAAGCAUUUGAACACCAUCAACAUCCGUCACAUAGCCAACUCUAUACGAACUCAUGGCAUAGGCAUCAUGAACACAACUGUUAAUUUCACGUACCAGUUCCUUCUCAAAAAGUUCUUCAUCUUCUCCCAGUUCAUGUAUGAUGAACACAUCAAGUCCAGAUUGAUCAAAGACUGGAAGUUUUUCAAGGAAAAUCAUAUGCAGACCGAUCAAAAGUAUCCAUUUGAGCGAGCGGACAAGUUCAACAAGGGUAUUCGGAAGCUGGGUCUCACACCUGAUGGAGAGAGCUACCUGGACCAGUUCCGUACCCUCAUCACUCAGAUCGGCAACGCCAUGGGCUACAUCAGGAUGAUCCGGUCUGGUGGUCUUCACUGCUGCAGCAACGCCAUCAGGUUCAUCCCCGACAUCGAGGACAUCGUCAACUUUGAGGAGCUGAGUAAGGAGGAAGGCCUGUCUGCUGAGUGUCAGGCUGCUGCCAAGAACUUGGACAAUGUGAUUGGAAACCUAGCCAAGAACUUUGCUGAAGGAACGGAGUACUUCAAGAUGCUUGUGGAUGUGUUUGCUCCCGAGUUCCGGAACCCAAAGAACAUGCAUCUGAGGAACUUCUUUGUGAUUCUGCCCCCACUGACGGUGAACUUCGUGGAGCACUCCAUCAGCUGCAAGGAGAAGAUGAACAGGAAGAACAAAGACAUGGCUGCCUUCACAGACGACGGCUUUGCCAUGGGUGUUGCCUACAUCCUCAAGUUAUUGGACCAAUAUCAUGAGUUUGAUUCCCUUCACUGGUUCCAGUCUGUCAGAGACAAACACCUUACAGAAAAGAGGCAGGUAUCAAAGCAGACUGGUGGCCGUGGUGAUGAGAAGCUGCAGCAGACCAUGAGCUUGACGGUCAAGAGAUUGGACCAGUCACUCCAGGAGUUCGAUCUGCUUCACUACUCACUCAGCAGUGCGCGGAUCUUCUUCCGUGCCGAUCUGACGGCCGCCGAAGAAAAGGAGGAGAAAGACAAAGCAGGACCAGACACUCCAACAGCCAAUGGGGAUGGGGCUAGUGGUUCAGCCAAUCAGACGUCUGCAUCUGCCUCUUCAGAUAUGCCUGUUGAUUCUGUCAGCAUGGACAACACAGGUCCUUCUACUGGUGGAGGGGCACCGCCCCACCCCCCCCCCUCCUCCUCCACCCCCACCCCCACCACCUCCAAUGUAAUGUAUACAUCCCCUCCCAGACAACAGAGUGAUUUAACUCCCCGUCUUCCACCAAUAAGACUCCAAGAAUAGGGAUUAUCGAUGGACUCUGUACAUUGUAUUCCCACUGUCAUGCGAUGCUGUAUGACACUGUCACCUCCUACACAGAAGGCCGAUAUGACAGGAAACCUCAACAAGGAUAGAGCAUCCUUGAGCUGAACCAGAGACAUUGUGACAACACUUCACUGCAUAAAUAAUCAAUGAUAAUUUCCAUUAAGUGUCCUACAAUCCCAUAGAGACAUUGAGGAGUUGCUGAAUUAUCAUCAGAUGAAUCUGUAUUUAAAGUGUACAUUCCAUAUGUUAUAUUUGUAUAUGAAUGUAAAUAUAUAUAGGACUACAUAGCAGGCAAACACUGAACACAAGUCCCCAAUGAUUAGAUAGUGUGUACAUUGUAAGAAUGUGUACAUGCACUUGAACACUGAUAGUUCCCUGUUUGUUUAGAUGUUUGUUGAUGCAAACUGUUUACAUGCCAGUGAUCAAGCUGUUGUGGUCCAAAUGUUAACCAACCACAAUGUUAAGAGUUCAAGAUUUAUGAGGCUCUAUUUCCAAAUACAAGAGGAGCCAAUCUGACCACAUGACGUAUUCCUUGGUUUCAACUGCAUAGGUUGUUUGCUAUGGAAAUGUUGUGAAUCAAAAAACCCUUAUAGAAAAUAUUAAAUCAUCAUGUCAAAUACA